AUGCUUGCAGCAGAGCGUAAUGAAGAGUCUGCGAGAAUUUUGAUCGAACAUAAGGCUGACGUCAACGCCAAGGUUCCUCUAGACAAUGAGUUCUGGAAGGGAUGGACACCUGUAUUUUUUGCUGCUCAAUCAAACAAACCAGCCACGGUCGCUUUGUUAGCAGAGGCCGGUGCAGAUCUCAAGCACAGGGCCAAAGAUGGCAAAAGUGCGCUACACUUGGCAGUGGACGGCGAUGCUCUGAGUAGUUUAAUGGAGUUUCACUCACAGAUCGACUUAAACCAACCAGACAACCAAGGAUACACGCCCUUACAUAUGAUGGGAAGUCUCACAUUGAGGAACGUUCAAUAUCUCGUUCGAGGAGGUGCAAAAAUCAAUAUUCAGGCAGAUGAUGGAUGUACACCGCUACAAGUUGCGGUAAGAGGCAAUAAAAAUAGCGCGAUAGAAAUUGUAUCUUAUCUGCCUGAACACGGGGCCAGCCCAAACUUAUCUGGAACUGAACCAGGCAAAGAUGAUCCGCCUCUUCAUCGUGCAUGCGACAAUCUGUCGCUGAAGCUUUCAGAACUGCUGGUGGAGAAUGGUGCUAAUGUUAAUAAAUCUUCAAUUGGCCCUCUAGGAACGCCACUAAUAGCAACAUGCUUGAGAGUAUAUACCCAGGAAGAGUCUGAAGGCAAAAAUACGGAGGACCUAAUACGUUACCUUCUCGAGAAAGGUGCUGACAUCAAUGGAACACAUAGCCGCUGGGGUUGUGUAUUUGGCGUGGCUUCGAUGUUCAUGAAACCAAAAAUAGUCAACCUACUGCUAGAGAAAGGGGCGUCGGUUCAUACCCAGGACUUUUGUGGCAGGCUGCCCAUUCACUUAGCUGCUAUUCACGGUGGCAAAAAUCUAGACAUCGUCAUUGAAGCCGGCGGUGAUGUUACUGCCAAAGAUAAGCUCGGUCGCACGGCGCUUCACUACGCCUGUCAAGCAGGCCGGUCGAGUACCGUCAAGAAGUUGUUAGAUCUUAUGGGGCAAAAGAAGGCGAACGAAACGGAUAUUGACGGUUGGACCCCUCUACACUGGGCAGUACGGGGUACAGGGAAUAUGAUAAAAGAAUGGGAAGCUGGUGAAGCUGCUAAUGAAAUUGAAACUAUUAGAAUAUUGAUAGAGCGCGGUGCGAAUAGAUGUGCCCAAUGUCAUGUCAGGGAGGAGUUCUGGUCACCGCUUCGGAUUGCUAGUUAUAGGGGAGCUGAUGACAGUGUUAUUGCUCGCCUCGAGAACUCUGGUGGCCCUAAAGAAGACGAAGGACUCGGCGGAACAUCUUCAGAAAAUUCUGGACAGUGUGGCGCGAAUGUUUCCAGCCCUAAAAAAGCCUAUCAUUUAUUAUUUUGUGCCAAAUGUUACGACCACCGAGAUAUUAUACACGUCGAAUUUCCUGACCACGCGUUCAAGGAACAUGGCCCCGAGUUUGAGCACGAUGACUCGAAAUCGAAUAGCGGGGAGGCAACAGAUGAUGAUAGCAGGUCAAGCAUCUCAGAAAGCAGUGGUUCGGAGGCUGAGGAGAUGACUAGAAAUGAAUCAGAGGAACCCGAAGAACUCGUAGUACUAGGAAAUGACCACGAGCAAAGUGAUUCUGAUGAAAAUGCUGAUAGUAGCGAGUCGGAGGAUGACAACUAG